AUGCUUUUCUACUUUGGCGCCUUCAUUGCUCAGGGAAUUAUCCAUUUCCUUAUCAAAAGCAACAAACCAGCAGAAGGCUUUUCCCUUGGUAAAUUUAAAGGCAUCAGCGUAUUUCAGUCAAUUGCACUUUUGAGUCUCGGAUUUACACUUCCAUUAUGUUCACUUCCAAUUCUUGAUAAGUUCAAUCAAGAAUUGAAACCUAGAAGAAUUGCUCUUGCAAUAACAACAACACUUGCUUUCAUAAUCGUUGUGGUACCAAGCUGCUUAGGAUAUGUAAUGUUUGGAGACCAAACAAAGCAGGUUAUUUUGCAAAACUUUACAGAUAAUAAAUUAUUUAUUGGAGUUGGUGCAUCGUUCUUUGUUGCUGUUACAUUUUCUUAUCCAUGCCUUAACAGACAAAUUCUUUCUUCAUGGUCAACUAUCAUUUAUAGCGAAGGUGAUCCAUUCAAACUUGAUAAGUGCAAAUAUGCAGCUGUUCAAUUCAUUUCCCAUGUUUUUCCAGUUGCAUUUGGAAUGGUUGUUCCAAAUUCAGGUCCAAUUCUCCAAAUAUGUGGAGCUAUUGGAGGUUGCAUUGUAGAUUUCUCAAUUCCUGCUCUCCUUUGGCUUGUUUACAGAAAGCCUGGCUGGAAGAGCUGGGAUCUCUAUGGAUGCAUCUUGCUGUUCUUAUUUGGCUUAGUUUCUUGUGGUAUUAGUUUAUACUUUGGUAUAACUGAUCUAAUUUUACAAGUCAAGGAGACUCCAAAGUGA